UCGAAAAGUGAGUCAGGCGGUUCUCGUGCGGUUUCCAGUAUUUGAUUUAUCUCGUUUUUUAUUAAAAGUCGCCAAAACACAGAAGAAAAUGUCGACCCUGGCCACUCCUUUGUCCAUUGCCGGCACCCGUCAAUCGGGCGCCUCUGUGCGCACUCAGAACGUUAUGGCUGCCUUGUCCAUAUCCAACAUCGUAAAGAGUUCCCUGGGACCGGUAGGUCUGGACAAAAUGCUGGUGGACGAUAUUGGCGAUGUUACAGUGACGAACGAUGGCGCCACCAUUCUGCGCCUACUGGAGGUGGAGCACCCGGCUGCCAAAGUUCUGGUUGAGCUGGCUCAGCUGCAGGACGAAGAGGUUGGCGAUGGCACCACUUCCGUGGUCAUUCUGGCCGCUGAGCUGCUGAAAAACGCCGACGAACUGGUCAAGCAGAAGAUCCACCCAACCUCGAUCAUUUCGGGAUACCGUAUUGCCUGUAAAGAAGCCUGCAAAUACAUCUCAGAGCACUUGACCGCCCCUGUUGACGAGCUCGGUCGCGACUCCCUGAUCAACAUUGCCAAGACCUCGAUGAGCUCAAAGAUUAUCGGUGCCGACUGCGAGUUCUUCUCCGCCAUGGUUGUCGAUGCCGCCCAGUCUGUGAAGAUCACGGAUCCCAGAGGUCAGACUGCCUACUCGAUAAAAGCCAUUAACGUGUUGAAGGCGCAUGGAAAGUCGGCUCGCGAAUCUGUCUUGAUUCCGGGUUACGCUCUCAACUGCACCAUCGCCUCGCAGCAAAUGCCGAAGAAGAUUGUCAAUGCGAAGAUUGCCUGCCUGGACUUCUCGCUGCAGAAGACCAAGAUGAAGAUGGGCGUCCAGGUGCUCAUCAAUGAUCCUGACAAGCUUGAGGCCAUUCGCGCUCGCGAGUUGGAUAUCACCAAGGAGCGCAUCAACAUGAUCCUGGGUACAGGAGUCAAUGUGGUGCUGGUGAGCGGUGGUGUCGAUGAUCUCUGCAUGAAGUACUUUGUGGAGGCGGGUGCCAUGGCAGUGCGCCGUGUAAAGAAGAGUGAUCUGAAGAUCAUUGCCAAGGCCACGGGAGCAGCUUUCCUUACCUCGCUUACCAACAUGGACGGUGAAGAGAGCUUCGAUGCCUCGAUGGUGGGAGAGGCUGCCGAAGUGGCACAGGAGCGCAUCUGCGAUGAUGAGCUUAUUCUCAUUAAGGGCACCAAAGCUCGUGCCGCUUCCUCCAUUAUCCUCCGUGGUCCCAAUGACUUCUACUGUGAUGAAAUGGAGCGUUCUGUACACGAUGCCCUGUGUGUUGUGAAGCGCGUUCUGGAGAGCAAAAAGGUUGUGGCCGGCGGCGGCUGUGUAGAGGCUGCCCUCUCCAUUUACUUGGAAAACUUUGCCACAUCACUGGCCUCUCGCGAACAGUUGGCCAUUGCCGAGUUCGCCAAAUCGCUGCUCGUCAUUCCCAAGACUCUGUCCGUGAAUGCGGCCAAGGAUGCCACAGAUCUGGUGGCUAAGUUGCGUUCCUAUCACAACUCCAGCCAGACCAAACCAGAGCACGCCGAGCUCAAGUGGACCGGCCUGGAUCUGAUCGAGGGUGUGGUUCGCGACAACAAGAAGUCGGGCGUUCUGGAGCCGGCCAUGUCCAAGAUCAAGUCGCUGAAGUUCGCCACAGAAGCUGCUAUCACCAUUUUGCGUAUUGACGAUAUGAUCAAGCUGAAUCCGGAGGACAAGAGCGGCAAGAGCUACGCCGAUGCCUGUGCCGCCGGUGAACUGGACGGUUAGAGGUCUACUGGUCCUCGUCUAUUCUGUUUAGGCAUUUAAUUUAAAAUAAAUCACCCACUUUCGAUUCUAAUCGCCCCCAUUAAUUUGUAACAACAAUUUAAUUGUGUUGCCUUUUGCGAUCUGUAUUAACACCACGCAUCCGUAAUCCUUUCUCAUUCACGCUUCAGGACAUAAUAAACUUUGAAUAUGCUGCGGCGCCAACUAA